AAUACAUGCCGUUUCGGCUCGGCUUCCGACCAAACCUCCAUCUUGAAGCCGUCUGUUCUCCCCUUAAUAUUCGUCAAGAUGAUCAGGAUUUUAUUAAUUGACUCUAAGCCCUGGAUUUCUUGGGGCCGAUUUUCUGUUUUUCAAUGAAUGCGCACGUGGGGUUGUGAUAUUUUUGGAGACGACUUUCCUGAACAACUAUUUCUUUUGGGGAGUGCUUGUUAGGGAGUGCUUCUAAAGUCACAGGCGCGGAGCUUCGCUUUUUUAGACGUUUGUGUGCCAUUUAGUCGAAUUAUUCAUGUUCUAAUCAAUAGGCCACUUCCUCAGUAGGAAAUCUUUUCACUUUAAUAGCCUUCAAUUGAAUUCUGAUUUUGUUGAAUGGUUAUGUCGUACCCUGGCAGGCCACCUAUGGUCCCUGGCAUUCCAAUGCCAACCACCAUGUCCAUGCCUUAUGUGCCCAUAGGAGGCCCUCCCUCUCAUCUGAUGCAGGUUCCUGUACCAAUGCAUCAUCAGAUGCUGGCUGGAGGUCCAAUGCCUCCCAUAGGUGGACCUCCCCUACGCAGCUUCCAUCAGCCUCGCCAGCCUCAAAUGCACCAUCAAAAUUCCUCUUCAAGCGCCUCACAAAGUGGCAACAGUGGGUCUCGAUCUGAUCGAGGCUCAUAUUCUAGUAAACGUAAUGCAGAGCCUUCAGAUGGUCCUCCAGUUACAGUCUUUGUGGGUAAUAUAACUGAAAAGGCUCCAGACGCAAUGAUUCGUCAUAUUCUGGCAUCUUGUGGUGCAGUUCAAUCGUGGAAAAGAGUUCAAGCCUUUGGAUUCUGUGAGUUUGCUGGUCCUGAUUCAGCCCUUAGAGCCAUUCGUCUUCUACAUGAUAUGGAAGUUGGCAAUAAAAAACUAGUGGUAAAAGUUGAUGCUAAAACACAGACAGACCUUGACAAAUACAAAGCUGAAAAGCGGGAGAAGGGGUCCAGUGGUUCUCCACUUCAAGAUGAAGCAGCUGAUGAAGAUGAUUACCUGAGCGAAGACAUGCGCCAAAUGGACAGACAAGCAAUGGAAAGGAUAAGGACCAUCAUCCAUGAAUUUGAACCUGAUCUCAAUAAUUCCUCUCAUGGAGGUUCUAAAGAUCGAUCAAUGAAAGAUCGCGGUAAAAUUUCUCGGACACAGGAAAAAUUGUUAAAAUUAAGUAGAGAUGGAGCGGGUGAGGAUGGGGACAUUUCUCUUAACUUAGAUGAUGCUGAUAUUGAGGAGGGGAAGAGAGACCUUAUCACUAGAGAAAUAGGAAAAUUCAGAGAGACAAUGAAGCAAGAGGAAGAGAAGCUAAUGGAACAGGAUCGUAAGCGGAAGGAAUAUGAGGAGAAAAUACGGGAAAGAGAACUGGACAGAGCCCAAGAACGUGAAAAGGAGAGGGCGGAAAGAGAAAAAGAACGAGAAAAGGAACGUGAACGUGAAAGGGAGAGGGACAGAGAGCGAGACCGUAAAGAUGUGAAGGAAGACAAACGCAAUUCUGUCUCUCCCAUCAGAUCUAGAAGUAGGGAACGUUUGAUCCCUUCCCGUUCUCCACAUAGCAUUAGAGAUGGUUCCAACCGGUCCAGGUCACACUCCAGAGAGGGUACCCGUGGAACUCGGAGUCAGUCUAUUGAAAGCUCAUAUUCCAGUAAAAACAGCAAAACGAGGGAGAGGAGGCGUUCCCGUUCCAGGUCUCACGACAGGGAACGAGAGCGUGAGCGCGAGAGGGAGCGCGAGCGUGAGCGAGAAAGAGAGCGGGAACGGGAGAGGGAGCGGGAGAGAGAUCGAGAGCGCGAACGGGAGCGUGAGCGCGAAAGAGAGCGGGAGCGGGAGCGCGAGCGUGAGGUGCGGGAGAGGGAGCGUGACCGCGACCGAGAGCGAGAGCGGGAGCGUGAGGAACCAAGAAGACAAGGACAAGAGCGUGAAUACGCUCGUGCUCGUGAGGAAGAGGAUGAGGCCAAGGACAAGAAAAAGCUGGAGCGGAAGGCCAGGGAAAAGGAAGCACAAUAUCAAGAACGUCUCAGGAGUUGGGAGACAAGAGAAAGGAGAAAGAUCAAGGACCUGGAUAAGGAGCGAGAGAAAGAUAGGCUGAAAGAAGAGGAGCGAGAAAAAGAAGCUAAGAAGCUGAAGGAAUUUUUAGAGGACUAUGAUGAUGAAAGAGACGAUGUUAAAUACUACAAAGGUCGGGAACUUCAACGAAGGCUUGCUGAGCGGCAAAAAGAAAUUGAAGCUGAUACCAGGGACAGGCAGAAAGAAAAAGACGAGCUGGAAGAGUUGAAGAGCAAAAUAUAUGCAGAGGAGCAUGUGGACCCUAGUGCUGAAUUCGAGCGUUUACGGAAAGAACACGAAGACCAGUACAAGCCGAAAAUUAUAAUUGAUGUCAACUUGGAAAACUUAAAGCAGCGAGAAAAAGAAAAAGAGAGGGAGAAACAGAAAGAAGCGGAACGAGAAAUGGAAAGAGCAGCAAGGGAAAGAGAAAAGGAGCUGGAUAGACAAGAGAGGGAACAAGAGCGGGUGCGAGAUGGCACUGAACAUCCCUCAAGUGACCAUGAGCGGCGCAGAGGAAGUGACCAUUCUGAUAGCAAAUCUCAUAGUGAAGAUGGCCACCAUCACCACCAUAGACACAAGCACCACCAUCAUCACCACCACCACCAUAGACAAGGAUCAAUUGCGGCUGGACCUGCUAGUCCUACUCUCAGCUCCCCUGGUGAUGAUCACCAAUAUGAUGAUGGGCCUCCCGAAAUGGAUAUUGAUGAUGAGCCGUUCAACCCUCCAGCCAGCAAUGGAUCUAACGCUCACAAUGAUUGGACAUCUCCAGCUAAAAUGGAAUUCAAGAAGAAAGAAAAGAAGAAGAUGGGUGUCAAGGAAGCCUUUAACACAGAUGAUGACGAGGACAGCAGUCUAGGAUCAGGAAAGAAACGGAAGCUCAUUCCAUUGGAUUAUGGUGAUGAAAAGAAGAAAACCAAAGAUGACAAGAAAGAUGAAAAGGAUAAAGAAAAGGAAAAGAAGGAUGAGCAAAACAAAAUAGCUGAAGAAAAGAGGAAGCAUAUCAAAUCCCUUAUUGAAAAGAUCCCAACUGAGAAACAAGCUCUAUUUGGAUAUGAGCUUGACUGGUCCGCUGUUGAUAAUACCUUAAUGGAAAAGAGGAUAAGACCCUGGAUUAACAAGAAGAUCAUUGAGUAUAUAGGAGAACCGGAACCCACUCUAGUUGAUUUUAUUUGCUCAAAAGUUUUGGCAGGAAGUGCCCCACAAGGCAUUCUGGAUGAUGUUCAAAUGGUGCUUGAUGAGGAAGCUGAGGUAUUUGUUGUGAAAAUGUGGCGACUUCUUAUUUAUGAAAUAGAAGCAAAGAAACUGGGACUGGUUAAAUGAGAAUGGCUUCCCGGCUCUACGAGAGCCGAUCGAAAAAAUGCCAAGAAGGGAGACUCCCCUGAGUUUAUUCCGUAACUCCGAGUCAUCAAUUAAGCAUACAUCAGACAUUCUUCCUUCAGCUCUGUGACAUCAGUGACAUCUGUACAGCUCUGGAACAGACUUUGAUGUUCUGAUUCUGUACUGCAACUACAUUGAUAGCCUGGACCUCCCUGGAAAUGUUGGACAUAUUCUGUGUGACUGUGAAUUAGUCAAUGCUUUAGUGAGAAUCAAAUGAACUCUACAGGAGACAGUCUCCUGGAAUCACAGCUGGUAAAACUGCUGCAUAAUUGUAAGAGAAAAUAAAAUUUUCUACGCAUUCUCUUAUUGUUUCCCUGUGUCAGGGUACUCCUAGUACGUAAUGACUUUCUUAGCCUUCAAUGGUAUUCAUUCAUGUAUGUGAUGUAUGAUACUUAAGUGAAUAAAUUGUAUCUUGAGUAUAGAUAAA